CAAAGUCGUCUUGUGAGAUAAUUGUCAUUAUACAUAUAUUUAUUAUUGAUGACUUAAUACUAUUUUAACUAUUAUUAUUAUUUUUUUUGUAGAUUUAUAUAUGUUCCUUGUCCACAUACUGCUGAGGUGCUUGCAAAUGCUUUCGUUGAUUGCUUGUUGGAUUGGAAUUUGGACUGUAAGUUGUCUACUUUAACUGUUGACAAUUGCACUACUAAUGAUGCUAUGAUUGAAGUCAUCCUAGACAAGAUUCCUCCUAGUUCACUUAUCUCAGAAGGAAAAUUAUUUCACAUGCGGCGUUGUGCACAUAUUUUGAACUUGGUUGUGAGGGAUGAGUUGGAUUUGAUCAAUGAUAGCAUUGAAAAAAUUUGAUAUAGUGUGUCAUUUUGGAUGGCAACCCCAAAAAGAGAUGAAAAGUUUGUUGAGGCCGCACGUCAAUUGAAAGUUCCAGGCACUAAAAAAUUGAAACUUGAUUGUAAAACUCGGUGGAACUCUACCUACUUAAUGCUUAACACUGCAUUGAUUUAUAAAGAUGUGUUUCCUCUUUUGAAACAACGCGAGACUUUGUAUAAAAGAGUCCCCACCGAAGAAGAGUGGCCCAAAGUUAGGGAUAUUUGUUCGAAAUUAGAGAUGUUUUUUGAUGCUGUGGAGUUGUUUUCCAGAACUUUAUAUCCAACUAUCAAUACUUUCUUCUCACAUAUUUGCCAAAUCAAGUUGGCAAUUGAUGACUGGAUUAGAGUUGAUGACAUUGAUGUCAAAAUUAUGGCAUCAAAAAUGAAGGUGAAGUUUGACAAUUAUUGGGAUAUCAUGAACUAUUUGUUGGCAAUUGGAAGCAUUAUCCUCUUGUUUAUGGUGGCACAUCUUCUUCGAAGAUUGGAAAAAUAAGGCAAAUGUUGUAUGACUUGGUUAAAGAGUACUGAAAGAGAGAUAAACUAUCCAAGGGAGUUAAUCAAGGUCAAGAUUUGCAUACUUCUUCUUCAAGUUCAAGGCCUCCACUUCCCAAGCGUGGUGCUUAUGCUACAAGAUUUGAAAUGUUCAUGGAUUCUACUCCUACCAAUGAACAUGUGAAGUUGGAGUUGGAUCACUAUUUAGAAGAGUCUCUCUUGCCAAGAAAUACACAUGACUUUGAUAUUUUAUGUUGGUGGAAGACGAAUGGCAUCAAGUAUCCUACUUUGCAUGAUAUUGCUAAGGAUGUGUUGUCCAUUCCUAUGACGACCGUUGCUUCAGAAUCAACGUUCAAUGCAAGUGGGAGGAUUUUAAGUCCUCACCGUAGUAGGCUUCAUCACAAAACUGUGGAGGCUUUGAUGUGUGCCCGAGAUUGGUUAUGGAGUCAAGAGUCUACAACUUCAAAGCCUCAAAAUUUUGAUAAAGAUUUUGACACGGAGGAUCCUUGCGAUACCACAAACAUAAAUUUGGAUUGUGGAGAAUGCUAAUUGAAGUAUGUAGUUUGCACUUAGCAGGAUCUUGCCAAUGCAGGAACCACCAAAAGACCAACAUGCUAUGGCCUGUGUGCUGGUGCUAACCAAGCCUACAAAGGGACAACUUGGGCAGGAGGAGGCGAGGAGCGGUGAUGGACCAUUGAUGGUUUAUUAUUUAAUAAGUAAUUAUAGAUAUCAGUAGACAAUAACGGUGGUGAUGGAGGUAUCUUGGACCUCUUGGUGUGUGAAU